AUGCCAUGCAUCCUCCCCUUCCCCGCAGCAAUCCCGAUAUCCUCGAUGGCACGCCCGCUUCAUGAUGCCCCGACCCAUGGGUCUGCAGAACACAAGCCAGCAAGGUCCGAUGCUCCGAUACUCCGAUGCUCCGUCUUCGCGGCCAACUUGUCUGCGGACCUGGGGCCCGCCGCUGGCGACGUUGAGCCGGAGCAGCGCCCUCCUCGAGCACCCUGUCUCGGAAACGUGCCCGGCAUCAACCCGACUCUGCCAGGGUCAUUCCUUGCUUCUGCACGCAUUCGAGGAGCGGGUACUCGUCCCUGGUGCCGCGCCAUGCAUCCGCUGCGCUUGGCUUUGACCCCCGCCCUCCACGAUAAGCGAACCGGCCGGCCUCUGGUGCUUUCAUACAGCCGAAAUGAACCGGCGCUCGUCAUGCCCCGCCCUCGUUGA